GUUCUAUUAUUACCUUCACAAGAGGAAAAUGAAGUUCAGAGAAGAGCGCAGCCCCGCCCUGCAGCUUCCAGAACCCUUGGCUCCGGGACUUUCUCCGGCUCUCGCCUUUGCAUUGUCAAAACGGAACAGACUGCGCAGAAGGAACGCGCUUGGUGCUGAGACCGGAGCCAGGGCGCUCUGCGCGGAUCCAGACAAUCUGCUCCGCUCCUUCCAAGGAGAGAGGAAAGGCUUUCAGUACUUGCUGACAACCAAGUCGGCGAUGGGAACAUCUCUGGGUGACCAGGGCUAA